AAGUGUGGAGGUUUGUACUUUCUUGGGGAUGAGUAUCUUUGUUGUAGAUGACCGUGGGCCACAUGAAUGGCUUCUGGAAGACACUCCAUAAACCGUUUAUGAAGCUAUUUCAAAACACUCAUUCGAACGUUCACUGGAAGAUCUACAAGUAUAUCAACAUGUCAGGCUUCAAAUACCACUUGUGGUUACCAGUUGCUGUGGGUGUCAUAAUGGUGGCUCUCCCAUACUCCAUCUCCCUGGCAGCCCAGCUGAAGUAUGGCUGGCCCAACAAGCCGGGUUACCGGAAGUAUAUAGAAGCUCUAAAACCACGGCGAAUUUACCGCAUAACCAGAGCUGUGUUGGAGUCACUUAAAUGCCUGCAAUAUGGACGGCUUUACUUGAAGGUGUCGUCAUGGUACAAGAAUGAUGAGAACCGGAUUCAUUAUGUACAGGGUAUCACAUUUGGUCGCAGAGGCAACAAGCUUGACCUGUACCACCCUCCCAGGUUGGGGGGAAAGUCUGAGGAAAUAGCAGCACCACCAUCACCAUUGGUGGUUUUUGUCUACGGUGGUGCGUGGUGCUCCGGAGAACGACCCAUUUACUGUCUGCUGGCUCGAUGCAUGGCUGAAGAACUGAAUGCAACUGUUGUUUGUCCCGACUACAGCACCUAUCCAAAGAUGAAUGUUUUAGGGAUGGUACAAGAUAUUGUAGACUGUCUCAUCUGGGCCCAAGAGAGUGGACCAAAAUUCAACUUUGAUAAAGACAAUAUUGUUUUAAUCGGCCAUUCGGCUGGUGCACAUUUAUGUGCACUCACCACGCUGUUUCUCGUCGAUGCAAGAGAGGAGCUGUUCAUUGAUGUCCGCUACCUGGAGGGCCUAACGUCAGCGAUCAAAGGAGUUAUUGGUCUCAGUGGUGUCUAUAACAUUGUGGAUCAUUAUGAACAUGAGCAGCAGAGAGGAGUCGAAUAUAUCUCCGCCAUGCACAAAGCCAUGAAUGGAGUGGAGAAUUUCCCCUACUACUCACCCACACACUUGCUGCAGACGUUAGGCCAGGACAAACUGAGCAGAGUGCCUCCGUUUGCUUUGAUCCACGGCACCUGUGACAUAUUAAUUCCUGCAGAAUCUUCAACAAAGUUCUCAGAGCUCCUCACCUCACUGUCCGUAAAGGCGUCGCUCUAUUUGAUGCCCAUGGUCGACCACUUGGAGAUGGUCACUGACCUCAUGGCAGCAGAGCAACGCUUCUACCAUGUCAUCUACGGCUGUAUUAAACAGGAGUAUAGGAAGCUUGUGGAAGUCAGCUGACCUUACAUGACUGAAAGUAAUUCUGAUGAUCAUUAUUUCGGUGUUUGUUCUUAUUCAGAGUAUGUGGUCUCUUUUUUUCAACCGGAAAUGUUAAAAUAUUCUUAGAUCAUACUUUAUUUUUACUUUACAUUUUACUCUACUUUACAUUUCCCUUUACGUAUUUCCAUAGUGCCUCAUAUUAACUCACUAGCAAGAUCUCAGUGUAUAGACUGGUCAUAUAUCUCAUCUCGUUUCAUAUUAUCUACAUACUGUAUUGUAUAUAACUCUAGGAAAAACUGUUGAUUUUGUUAAUACUUGGGUUGUUUGUAUUGUUUAUUUUUCUAUAUUGUGUAUUUUGUACUGCUUAACUGAUUCUGUACUCUUGCUGCUGUGCAAUGCAAAUUUCCCCACUGAGGGAUGAA